AACUUAUUGUUUUCUUAUCUUGAGAUCGUCGCAAGCAUUGAUUUGGUCGCCAUGAUUUCGGCUAACUGUUAUUGUGGACUCCUUAUAUUCAUGGCUAUCGCCUGUUCGGCAGGGAUGGCGUACAGAAAUAUAAGGUUUUCGAGAACAGAUGACGACAAGGACCACGCGCUCGGACGGCCUGUUGAAAAGGAUCCCACGAACAGUAUUUAUUUCAUGAUGGCGGAAGAUGCACUAAAACAAUACGAAGAUGAAACACGCAAGAAAAGUCAUCACGUUGUUCUGAAAGUGAAUAAAGUGACUGAGCAGGUGGUAGAAGGGACUUCGACCAGAAUUGACUUCCUCGCGUCAUCUACACUGUGUCCUAAUGAUUCAAGCGAAAAAACUCCAUUGGUCUGUCAGGUCAGCAAUAUAAAAAAUAUAUUGAAAUGUCAUUCAGAAACAUGGAGUCGGCCAUGGCUGAACCAAAAUCAGAUUAAAAUUGACUGUGAAACACUUUUACAAUCAGAAAAUUAAAUGUAACUAAACUAUGAAAUAAGAAUUACAAAUACAGAUAUACAAAUUUCAUCAAAUAUAUAUAAUAUCUAUACAUUAAA